AUGUCUAGUGGAGUGGGUAGCCAAACCAUGGACAUCAAACUACAGUUGGAAGCCAUGAUGGGGGAGUUCAAACGAUUGCUUAAGAAUGAAAUUGAACCAUUGCAUGAUCGAAUUGAUCAGUUGGAGAACUCGAGACCUCCACCUACCCCGAGUAAGGGCAAAGAAUCGGCAUACUCAAACGAUGAAGAGGAAGCGUUUGAGGGAAGGUACCAAAAUGAUCAAAGGUUCCAACGUCGAGGAGAGGACACCAUUAAAGGUGUCAAACUCAAGAUUCCCUCAUUCCAAGGCAAGUCGGACCCCGAGGCGUACUUGGAAUGGGAACGAAAAAUUGAGUUAGUCUAUGAAUGCCACACCUAUACGGAGGAGCAAAAGGUGAAACUAGCAGCCGUAGAAUUCACUGACUACGCCUCCAUUUGGUGGGACCAACUUAGACUAAGCCGAAGGAGAAAUCGUGAGAGACCUGUGGAAACUUGGGAGGAAAUGAGGAGUCUGAUGAGAAAAAGGUUUGUUCCGAGCUACUAUAGUCGAGAUCUACACCGUCGGCUACAAGCUCUCAACCAAGGGUCCAUGUCAGUUGAGGAUUAUUACAAGGAGAUGGAAAUGGCCAUCAUGAAGGCGGAUUUGCGUGAAGAUGGAGAGGCCACUAUGGCUCGUUUUCUACAUGGAUUGAGGCCCGAGAUUGCCGAAGUAGUGGAACUCCAACACUACCUCGACAUGAAUGAAAUGCUCGAGAAGGCGGUUACAAUUGAACGGCGCCUCAAGAGGAGGGGUACUGUGCGACAAAGCACUACUUAUCAAGCUGGAAAUUGGCGUACUUCUCAACCAAAAAGGGAGGAGAAAGCCGCAGCUCCUUCUUACCCUCCAAGGCCGAAUAACCUCCCUUCCAAGGCAGCGCCCAAGCCUGACUUUAAGGCUAAUAAUGCAGCUACCAAACCGCGUGGUCGAGACACCAAGUGUUUUAAGUGUCAAGGAUUUGGCCAUAUCGCUUCUCAAUGCCCCAGCCAAAGGACCAUGCUGAUGUUGCCAAAUGGGGAAAUUGUAUCAGAUGAGGAAGAGGAGUACGAGGGGAUACCGCCUCUAGAAGAGGAAGAGAAUGAAUCGAGUGAGGAGAUACCUACGCAUGAGGAGAUUGGAUGCCUAGUGGUUCGAAAGGUCCUCACUACCCGCGCCAAAGAGGAGGAAAUGGAGGUACAACGGGACAACCUUUUCUACACAAGGUGUCAUAUCAAGGAUAAGGUGUGUAGUGUUGUUAUUGAUAGUGGGAGUUGUGCCAAUGUCGCUAGUCUACUCAUGGUAGAAAUGCUAGGGCUCCAAGUUAUCAAACAUCCAAGACCUUAUCGCCUUCAAUGGUUGAACAAUGAAGGGGAAGUCCGUGUGUUUAGACAAGUAAAAGUGCCAUUCCGAAUUGGCAAGUAUGAAGACGAGGUUACUUGUGAUGUCGUGCCAAUGCAAGCAAGUCACCUCAUUCUUGGACGGCCUUGGCAAUAUGAUCGCGAUGUCGAAUUCAAGGGAAGAGCUAAUAAAUAUGUCUUUACUCAUUGCAAUAGAAAGGUGACACUUGUACCUCUCACCCCAAAACAAGUGUAUGAAGAUCAAAUGAGGCUCCAAAGGGAGUAUGAGCUAGAACUUGAGAGGAAAAAGCGAGAGAAAAGUGAGGAAGAAAAAGGAGAGAGUAGGGCCGAAACCCUAGGGAAGAAAAAGGCAACAAGUGGGUCGGCUAUGAGAGAAGAAAAUAAGGGGAAGCUAAGCUUGCUAGCAAAAGCCAAAGAUGUAAGGCGAGCUUUGUCUUCCAACCAACUCUUACUUGUGCUUGUGUGCAAAGAAGAGUUGGUCACUUCAUCCAUACCCACUGACUCCUUGCCUUAUACUAUUUUACCUCUCUUGCAGGAAUUUGAGGACAUAUUUCCUGAGGAUGUACCUGAUGGACUACCACCGCUAAGGGGAAUCGAGCACCAAAUCGAUCUCAUUCCUGGAGCACCAUUGCCUAACAAACCAGCCUAUAGAAUGGGUCCUGAGGAAACAAAGGAAUUGCAAAGGCAAGUGGAGGAAUUGCUAAGGAAAGGUUGGGCUAGAGAAAGUCUAAGUCCAUGCGCUGUACCAGUGAUUCUCGUGCCAAAGAAAGAUGGAGCGUGGAGAAUGUGCACCGACUGUCGAGCAGUCAAUGCAAUCACGGUAAAAUAUCGUCACCCUAUCCCUAGGUUAGAUGAUAUGUUAGAUGAAUUGCAUGUGGUUUACUUUGAUGAUAUUCUGAUUUAUAGUAGAAGCUUAGAGGAACACUUUGAGCACCUCAAAGCCAUCUUUGCAGUACUUCGAAGGGAAAGGCUAUAUGCCAACCUUAAGAAGUGCACAUUUUGCACUGACCGUGUUGUGUUUCUAGGAUAUGUUGUAAGUGCGCAGGGCAUUCAUGUAGAUGAAGAGAAGAUUAAGUCCAUCCAAGAGUGGCCAACACCUACCUCUGUAAGUGAUGUGCGCAGCUUUCAUGGAUUAGCAAGCUUCUACCGUCGCUUUGUGAAGGAUUUUAGCACCAUUGCUGCACCUCUUACCGCGGUCAUAAAGAAGAACGAGAAGUUCUUUUGGGGGGAAGCCCAAGAUAAGGCUUUCCAAUUGCUGAAACACAAACUCACACAUGCACCACUCCUUGCAAUACCUAACUUUGAUCUCACUUUUGAAGUGGAAUGUGAUGCAUCAGGUGUAGGAGUAGGAGCCGUACUCAUGCAAGGAGGGAGACCGAUUGCCUACUUUAGUGAGAAAUUAAAUGGCGCGGUCCUCAACUAUUGA